UUGAUGCCAUUUCGGAGGACAGGAGUGGGCGAGAAUAAUUGAUCGUUUACAAUAUAAUAAAAUUAUGGGAAAUUAAAUAGUUUAGCGGAAUAUAUCGCUCAAUCAAAACAUAACGGCAGCCGAGUUGAGAUGGAGAGCCGUCGCACAGUAACACGAAGGUCGAGAAAUCAACGCAUCCGACUCAUCCAAUGACAUCGCCACACGCUCGUUUGCCAACCUGUAGCCUAGGUGUGGUGGGCUCGAGGGCGGUCAGUGUUUGGUAUCAACAAACGAACACUUUCACAUCAUCGCGCUCGGAUUCUUCCACGGAGGCAGAGGGACUGACGGUGGGACGGACAUAGUCGCCCCCAUGCCCCGCUUCCCGGGGAGGACUGCGGACGUGGCCGCUAACCUGACUUCCCCCGUGCUGGUUCGGCCACUGUGCGCUAACGGGACGCCCUGGAUCCUCUACCUGUUUGAGGAAUGCGUGGAGAAUGUGUGGGAAUACUGGAGCGUAGUCAUCGGGCUGAUUUCAAUGUUCUGUUUCUUGCUGUCUACUCUACCGCAAGUCUAUGAGGCUUAUCGUAAUGGUAAAGUGGAGGAGGCCAUGUCGUUUGGCUUUCUGCUCUUCCUCUUCAGUGGGGACCUCAGCAGUCUAAUAGGCUGCGUCCUGACCAGCCAGCUGCCCAUCCAGAUUGUGACGGUAGUGUUCUACAUCUUCACUGAUCUCCUGCUCAUCUCCCAGUUCCUCUACUACAAGAUAAAGAACAACUCAUCUAAAAAGCGCCCCACGUUGAAGUGGUUGUGUUUCCUGUGGUGCGGGGCUUCCACUGUGGCCCUCCUGAUCCUCCCCAAGUUCAUCACUGACAACAACCCCUCUGCCAACACUCAGAGUGCCUCUAACAGCGUGGAGAUCUCUGGUUAUGCCUGUGGAUACCUGGCCUCCAUAUUCUACCUCUCCUCUCGUUUUCCACAGCUCUACAAAAAUUUUAAGCGGCAGUCUACAGAGGGUACGUCGUACAUGCUGUUUGCCCUGGCCAUGAUGGGCAACGGGACCUACGGGCUCAGUGUCAUUGUGGUUCUACCAGCUCUGGCCGGCUCCAAACAGACCUUCAUCCUCAAACAUCUGGCCUGGCUCAUCGGCAGCCUGGGAGUCCUCCUCCUAGACUUCUUUGUCACCGCCCAGUUCAUCAUCUAUAGGAAGAACCACUCCGCUAAAACCAGCAAGAAGAUGAAUGUUCCUGAAGUAGAACCUCUGCUCUGUGAAGAGGAGGAACUGUCCACAUUCUAGAGUGAGAACAUUAUGGAAGUUCUAGAGUGAGAACAAUAAGAUAAUUCUAGAAAUCCUCUCCAUAAUCAAUCAAUCAAAUGUAUUUAUAAAGCCCUUUUUACAUCUGUAGAUGUCACAAAGUGAUAUAUGUAGAAAAUCAGCCUAAAACCCCAAACAACAAGCAAUGCAGAUGUAGAAGAACGAUGGCUUGGAAAAACUACCUGUUGACUGGAGACCUGCACUAAUCCGACAGAUGUGAUGGGACACCAAUGUUCCCUCCUCUGACAUACAGGUGAAUUACAGGCAUUUUAUAUUUGAGGAAUGUAAUCUCAGUAGAACUAUUCUCUCUCUCUCUCUGUAAGGGGGGUCAUGUGAUCUAUUCACUACGCUGUUUCCUCGUACGCCUCAGGCCUAUUGGCUGUGUCAGUGUCUCACAUUGCUCUGGUCUAGUUGGUCAACGGUUAGAGCUCUUGUGUUUUCCAGGAUAAGAUAUGCAAUACACUCUGAACUGUUCAGGCAGCGUUGUCGUCUAGGGAGACCGUAGAGGAGGGGACCACACCAGUGGCUGUUCCUGUAUGUACCUUUAAAAAUGUCAUACGUUGGCACUAUUGGUGUGUCGCAAAGUAGUGGGCUGCACCCACAGUAAUGUAUUUAGUUCUAGUUUACCCUGGUUUUGUUCUAUGAGCAGAUUCUGUCGUAGUUAAAUAUAUAAGUUGGUAAAUUGCUUGGAGUGUUUACACAGUGUUUAGAUGGUGAAAUAGCAGUGGGUUAAGCCUGAUAUCCUGUGCCUUGCAUCUACAUUAACAUGAAUGUGUUGCUGCAGGCUGUUUGACGUGUUCAAGGCUGCUGCUUUUAAAAACCAACAGUUCUUUGGCUGAAAUAUAACCGUUUUAACUGAACAGCCUGUUUUCCUUAUCUCCUCUCCUUAUCUCCUCUGGCCCAGUUUAUUUUACUUUCAGUGUCCACAAAGGAACUGAGGAAGGAGUUUUUUUGUUUUUGACAGUAUUGAGUCACAGCCGUGAGCAUUGAGUUCACCCCUUAUUUUGGAGUUGUGUCCAGGGGUGUGUUCAUUAGGAACCAAAUGGAACAAAACGGGGAAGGGGCCUACCUGAAUUUGUCCAAUAGAAACUCUUGUUUUCGUUGCAAAAUAUUUUCGUUUAAGAGUAAUAAGCGUUUCGAAACGGAAACCGUUUACUCAAAAAUGGAAAAUGUUGUGUGACUAAUGAAUACACCCCAGUCUUCUAUGUGUGUAGUCACAUGUUCAGAAAGCGUUGGAUCAAGGUUGUGUCAUAACUUGGUAACAUGGAGUCAUGAUGAGGGAAUAGAACUACGGGAGACCAACGAUUCGUUACGUUUUUGUACUGGUCACAUCACUGUGUGUCAUGGAUGUGAUUGGUCGAUUGACAGCACAGGUUUUCUCUACCUCCGUCUUUCAGUGAAGGGGGUUUGUUUUAUCUGGCCCGGGUUACCCCGGUGGGAGGAGUUUGAGCUGGGUGAAAAGUGAUUGUAUUCAUUUUGGAAUCGGGCUGCCUCCUGGGUGUGCCCCACUCUGGUCGCCGGUGAAGGUGGCUCAAAACAAAAAUGACGUAAUUAAGCACGUGGAAAGAUGGGUAGGAUUCUGUUUUCACAUGCUAAAGUGAUUGCUUUUGAUUAUUAUUAUUUUCACUUUCUGCCUUCUCAAUAAAAACUAGUUUGACUAUA